UUCCCUUCUCCUCCUCCCUGCGAGUGCACAACUAUCAGUCUCACUCUCCUGCCAAACAUAAAACUCCAACAGUCCAGGCUGAUGGCUGGGUCCUCAAUUCCUUCCUACUGUACAUUGUCCUUUUCCCGAUGGGAUUCUAGGGGCUGCAGAGCCAUGAGAAUGUAACACUGACAUGUCAACCCUCUACUCCUACACUUGACAUUUUGGAUUUCCUUAAAGAAAAAUCCUAAUAAUACUAAACCAGAUGCCUUGAUAAAUAGGAAGGAACUGUACAGAUUUCUCUAGCAAGAUGUCUGGGACACAGCCACCCUUUGAAACACCCAAUAUCACAGAACCAGCAGACGCGAAACGGGACCCUAUUGUAGCACAAUGGAACAUUGCAAUGCUGGCAGCAAUAUUUGGCUUUGCCACAUUUGGAAACUGCCUGGUACUGGUCACCUUACUGAGGCGGCGAAAGCACAAUGCCCUCAUGCACACCUUCAUGAUCCAUUUGUGCCUUGCGGAUUUGGUGGUCUCUUUCUUUCAGGUCCUUCCACAACUUGUCUGGGACAUCACUGACCGUUUUAGGGGACCAGAUGUGCUCUGUAGAGGAGUUCGGUACCUUCAAGUGGUAGGCAUGUUUGCUUCAUCAUACAUGAUCGUGGCCAUGACAUUUGACAGACACCAGGCGAUCUGUCGGCCAUUGAUGACCUUCAAGAAAGGGUCGGCGAGAUGGAAUAUUCCAGUGUCCUUGGCAUGGUUGGCUUCUGCUGUCUUUAGUCUUCCUCAGGGAUUCAUUUUUUCCAAGAAAGAGGUCCACCCAGGUGUAUUUGACUGCUGGGCUACAUUUAUAGAACCAUGGGGUCUUCAAGCUUAUGUUACAUGGAUUACAUUGGCGGUCUUCAUUCUGCCAGCUUUGUUUAUUGCCACAUGUCAAGUGCUGAUCUUUAGAGAGAUUCACCGUAGUGUCAAUACGGGCCCAGAACAUUCCCCAGGACCAAGGAGAAAAGCGAAGCUGAUGGGCGGGAGAAAUGGUACCCGUUCAGCAUCGGACUCUGGGGUGACCAGUGCUAUGGCAAAGACUGUUCGCAUGACUCUUGUCAUCGUGCUGGUAUAUGUUAUAUGCUGGGCCCCAUUUUUUAUUGCUCAGCUCUGGAACGUCUGGAAUAAAGAAUCAGCAGCUGGGAGUUCUGCCAUCAAAGUCUUGAUGAUCCUUUCCAGUUUGAAUAGCUGCACCAACCCUUGGAUCUACACCAUCUUCAGCAGCAGCGUGUCCAAGGACGUGAAAGAGAUUCUGUGCUGUGGCUGUCAGACACACCAACCCAAGAACUCUUUGCCAGAGGAUUCCUGUUUUACAGGUUCUUCCACCAUGCCCAAGGAGUGUAUGUACUGAUCAAGCUGUGAAUAAAACCUCAAUAUGGAUCUGCUGUGAAGCCUACUGAAAAUUCCACAAUGUGAUGGGUGGAGAAUCCUUUACUGAAUAAGAAGGUUGAGGAACACUUGUACUUACAUAACUGAUAUCAAGGAGCAAUCUUUUCUUAUUUUCCAGAUCUGGUGCCAUCACACUUUUUAGGCCUUUCAUGUUGUUGGGACUUGUUUCUUUGUUUAUGGAGGAGAUGCAAGCCAACCAGGAACUACAUAAUAGUACACUGUGUACAAUACACUUUGAAGGAUUUUGUAGUACAUACCUUUGAAUACCAAUGCUUACAGACCUAGGUCAUGUGGACUUUUCCAUCAAAAUGACCUUUGGUGAUAAAUGGACUCAAGUCGAGUCAUUAUCUUAGCAACUCCAUAUUCAUAUUCAUGUUUCCUAUAAUGCAACGGGGACUUAAGAAAAGGUGCAAGGAAUUUCGACAUGUCAUCAAUGAUAGAGGAACUGCAAUUGAUCUGAUCUCAGGAAUUACCCUCUUCUCCCUUACAUAUAAUAUAUUCUUUCCCUCUAGGGCAGUGAUCCCCACCCAGUGGCUCGGAAACAACACGAUGCGCUCCGACUCAUUGGGCAUUGCUACCAGUGGCCUCAAAGCCGGUGCUUAUUUUUUAAUUCCUGGUGUGAAGGCAAGCUUUAGUUGGAUGAAAAAACAUGUUUACUGCCAAACAGAAACUCCUGUAGGCUGCCAGUCCAUGUGGGGCUAAAAAUAGCCAGACGUAGUUUAUAUUUGUCCACAGGGAGGCUCUUCAUGCUUGUGCUGCUCUCCAACUAUUUUUACAUUUGAAUGUAAUGGGUAAAAUAAGUUGGGGACCCCUACUUUAGGGAAGUCUGUGCAUUCUGGGGGUCUGUGGAAGACAAUUCAACAAGUUUGCUUGUGCAGGGGCUGGCCUCAUACACACCAUCACUCCUAAGGACACCUUGCUUCUCAACAAGACAUAGCCAUUUAGGGGCAGACUUAUUAAGGUUCAAGUUGUGUUUUCCACAAAAAAUGUGAGUUUUCAAGGCUAUUUUGGAGUCA